CAGUUCUACGCGCGAUCUCCUCCCUGAAGGUGUCAACCUGCUCGCGAUCUGCCCCGUGGUUCCCCCCCAGAGUGGUCACGCACGAUCGGAAACGCACACACUCCCCCGCGGUUAUUCCCUUCUCUUCCGAUCGCCUUUUUUCCCCUCGUUUUCCCACCGCGGUUCGACGACGAGCUGUUGUGAAAACGAAAGCUCUCAGUGAAAAGUUUGAGGGCCUCUCUCUCUUUCGGACGCGGGCAAGAAAAACUACACGUUCGAGCCUGGCACGUGACACGCUUCAGCUGGCGACGACUAUCAUGCUGGCCGGGAUCUUCGAGGGCAACAAUGAGGAAGCUGAAUCGACGUAACGCUCCACGCCAGGAUGGCCGGUUGGCCGUUCAGCACCGCGCUGCUGUUCAGCAUCCUCAUCCUUGUUCGCGGACGAGGAGUGGUGCUGGACAGCCAAGGGCCGGUGCUGAUCUCGGAGCCGCGCUCGAGCGUGGAGUUCUCGAACGACACCGGGGCGAUGAUCCACUGCUCGGCCCAUGGCAGCCCCUCGCCGAGGAUCGACUGGCUGAUGGGGGACGGCUCGCCGGUCCUACCGAUACCGAACAUCCGUGAGAUGCUGGUGAACGGCUCCAUGUACUUCCUGCCGUUCGGCGCGGAGAGCUACCGGCACGACGUGCACUCGGCCGUUUAUCGGUGCCAGGCGUCGAACAGCGUCGGCAAGGUGCUCGGCCGUGAAAUCACGGUGAAGGCCGUGGUGCGCCAAAAGUAUGAGGUACAAGUGCGGGACGCCUACGUCCUGGCGGGCAACACAGGGGUGCUCAGAUGCGAGAUACCGGCCUUCGUCAAGGAAUACGUCGCGGUCACGUCCUGGUUGAAGGACUCGGCCUUCAACAUUUACCCCUCCGCGGAAAGCGGCGAGAAACACCACAUGCUGCCCACAGGAGAGCUGCUCGUCUUCUCGGUGACUCCCGCCGAUGCUCACUCGACUUACCGGUGCCGCACUGUACACCACGUUACCGGCGAUACCGUGGAAAGUUCCUCGUACGCCAGGCUCGUGGUUACCGAGCACCGCAACUCGUCGCCACCGCGAUUCAACGAGAGGGUGAAUCCCGGACCGAUUCGCACCGGAGAGACGAUCGUGCUGUCGUGCAUCUCGCAGGGUAACCCGCCGCCGACGUAUCUCUGGUUCCGCGAAUCCGUGUCGGGCACGACGAUGGUCUUCAACUCGGAGAGGAUACACGCGCGUGCCGGCGUCCUGGUGCUCCAGCCGGCCCGGGUCGAGGACGCCGGCAGAUACGUCUGCCACGCGAACAACACUGCCGGUUCUGAACGUGUCGAGCUGGAAGUCACCAUCAUAAGCAGCCUCUCCAUCCAUCUGGCGCCUCAACAGGUGACCGUGGAUCUGGGAAAGGACGCGGAGUUUCAGUGUUCUGUCACCGGUCAGCCACAUCCGGUGAUCUCGUGGGCGAAGGACGGUCUUCCUGUGCGGGAGGGAUCUUCGGGUAGGAGCAAAGUCACGGGUAAUGACGGCUCGACGUUGCGAAUAUCGUCCAUCAUGAGGGACGACAAAGGGAUGUACCAAUGCUUCGCCAAAAAUGACUACGAGAUGGUACAAGCCACGGCUGAAUUGCGUUUAGGAGGUAAGCUUGUCCAAUCCUUACACCGCAUGCUCCGAUUUAUUAU